UCUUGAUCAUAAAUUUUCACCGCAUAACAAUACUUUGAAUUUCAAAGUAUAUUUAGUUUCAUGCGGAGUUGGUAGAAUGUUAAAUGAAAAUUGUCGGGAACCUCAAAACUUUAUUGGUUACUAUCUUGAUUCUGUUGAAAUUGGAGUUUCUCCACUUUCUCAUAAUCCUAUAAAUCGUGAGCGAAACUUGGGUUUCAAUUUAAAUAUUGGACAAAAUCCUGGGGCAACUACUAUUUACGAUUUUAGAAAUAAUAAAAGUAUCAAGUCAACAACUGAUGAUUGGUAUAUGGAACGCUCGGAAUCCUCUACAACUGGUGUGCAGUGGUUAUAUCGCUUUACUGCACAAGAUCUCUAUAAAGAUGGUAAAAAUCAACGCAACUUACCAUCAACAGAUAUCCAUUCUGGUCACUGUUUUAAACGUAAAUUGGAAGAAUUAGGAAAGAAAUCAGAUAUCAAUAAAAGCAAAAACGAAAAUAAUUUAUUGGUUACUGAUUUUAGAUGUGAAAAGGAAGAAUUAAGAAAGAAAACAAAUAUUGUUGGAAGUAAAGAAGAAAAUAAUUUAUCGGUAACUGGUUUUAGCCAUGAAUUGGAAGAACCAAAAGCUGGGAAAAAAUUUGUUGAUAAUAUUAACAAGUUUUCUUCGGAAGACAUAUACCAAACAGACUUCUUCUCAGUAAAAGCAACUAUCAGGUUUGGUACAACAGCUAAUUCAAAUCUUGAAAAAUUAUUACUUGAGCAAAAAGAUACUAUUGAUAAUAUUCUAAAGUCACAAUCUGUGUAUGCUGUGGGACCUAACUUUCAACAAGGUUACUCCAUACCGUGUAUUGCCUGUUAUGUUUCUAAACCACUUGAAGCACAAGUUUUAUUAAAACUUUCAGCAUUGUUUGGUCAUAAUUAUGAAAUUGUAGAACAGAUGGUGGAGCCUGUGGAAGAAGAAACAAGUGGCAGUAAUAAUAAUCAUAGUGAUCCAUCAAAUGGAAAUGAAACUAAAUGGGAUUGA